AAGCGGCUGCUGCAUCACCUGCUAGAUCAUUACAACGUGCUGGAGCGGCCCGUGGUCAACGAGAGCGACCCGCUGCAACUCUCCUUCGGCCUCACGCUCAUGCAGAUCAUCGACGUAGACGAGAAAAACCAGCUACUAAUAACCAACAUCUGGCUCAAAUUAGAAUGGAAUGAUAUGAACUUGAGAUGGAACACUUCGGACUUUGGUGGAGUCAAAGAUUUGCGAGUACCCCCACACCGGCUAUGGAAACCAGACGUCCUUAUGUACAACAGCGCAGACGAAGGGUUCGACAGUACGUACCCGACCAACGUAGUGGUACGCAACAACGGCUCAUGUUUAUACGUGCCCCCUGGGAUCUUCAAGAGUACAUGCAAGAUCGACAUCACUUGGUUCCCCUUCGACGACCAGCGUUGCGAAAUGAAAUUCGGCAGUUGGACUUAUGACGGAUAUCAAUUGGAUCUUCAACUACAAGACGAAACGGGUGGAGAUAUAAGCAGUUUCGUCACGAAUGGCGAAUGGGAGCUCAUAGAUGUACCAGGCAAACGCAACGAAAUAUACUACAAUUGUUGCCCAGAGCCGUACAUUGAUAUCACAUUUGCGGUCGUUAUCCGGCGAAAAACACUCUACUAUUUCUUCAAUCUUAUCGUGCCGUGCGUGCUAAUCGCCUCCAUGGCGCUACUUGGAUUCACUUUGCCUCCCGACUCAGGCGAAAAGCUAUCACUAGGUGUGACCAUUCUGCUGUCGCUGACGGUGUUUCUGAAUAUGGUGGCGGAGACCAUGCCAGCCACGUCCGACGCAGUGCCACUCCUAGGCACGUACUUCAACUGCAUCAUGUUCAUGGUUGCCUCUUCUGUCGUCUCCACUAUACUCAUCCUCAACUACCACCACAGGCACGCGGAUACGCACGAAAUGAGCGAUUGGAUUCGUUGCGUGUUCCUGUAUUGGCUGCCGUGGAUUCUGCGCAUGUCGCGACCAGGCUCGGCGGCGACACCUCCUCCGGCACGCGUCCCUCCUCCUCCCGACCUGGAGCUGCGCGAACGCUCCUCCAAGUCGCUUCUAGCAAACGUGCUCGACAUCGAUGAUGACUUCAGGCACGCGCAAUCGCAGCAGCCGCCCUGCUGCCGUUACUACAGGUCCCUCGACGAUCUACACGAACACUACUCGCCGGGGGGCGAGGAAAACGGUGCAGGUCUGGCGGCGCAUAGCUGUUUUGGUGUUGACUACGAGCUUUCGCUAAUACUUAAAGAAAUAAGAGUCAUCACAGAUCAGAUGCGCAAAGAUGACGAAGAUGCGGACAUUUCGCGCGACUGGAAAUUCGCCGCCAUGGUCGUGGACAGACUGUGCCUUAUUAUCUUUACCCUGUUCACAAUCAUCGCCACGCUAGCCGUGCUGCUAUCCGCGCCACACAUCAUGGUGUCGUAG